AUGGCCGAGACAAGAGGCGGUGGCUCACCGUCCAUUGAGACACUAGCGAGUAGUGCAAUUGCAGCUGGCUGUCUUCAGGCAGUCAUGAGUAUGGUGUAUCCGGAGCUGGUAAAGUUUGUGUCGUUCCAAAAAGCGCGUGUAGCCCGCAGUGACGCCAGGUCGGAACGCACUUCUUCGCGUUACUUCAGACAGGACACACCAGACGACAGCAACUUAAGCUCCGAGCAACAAAACGAUUUGUCUUUUCAGCUGAAGUACCUACGGCAACAUUGGUACAGUCACUUAAGGUACUACGGCUUGGACCCAGAACUCCUUGCUAUUGUACAGAGAGCUCUUAUGUUCCGGAACAAAGUGUCCCAUCAAAGUCAAAUGACACGGACGGAGUAUGAGACCGCUAUUGCUACUUUUGAGAAAUUGGCCGAUAUUAUUGAGUGCAACACACAAAUUCGACAACAAAUUCGGGAACUUGUGACCAAAUUAUUGUCAUUUUCACCUGUAGGGAAGAAAGAGACCGACAAAAAUCACAAUCACCAAGCAGAAAAUCACAAUCACCAAGCAGACAAUUACAAUAACAAAGUAGAAAAUCAUACCGAGAUCAAGCUGCACGAGAAGGAGAUAAAGGCUCACGAGAAGAAAAGUCGGUUGGAACUUGACCUGACGCAAACAACGCCCACGCCUCCGCCAGCGUCCUUGGAUCAGAUAUUACAGCAUGAUUAUUUGUAUGAAGAAGACGAAGAUGAGUACCCGUUGUGGGUGGAUCUAAAGCUUAUUGGUAAUGACUAUUUUAACGAGAAGAAUUACACAGAAGCAAUUGAAGCCUAUUCGCAAGGAUUGGAUGUCGCGCCGAAUCAGGCGGUACUCUAUGGUAAUCGAGCCAUGUGUUAUCUACGACUGAAGAAGUUCAAGUUUGCACGUGAAGACGCGGAAAAUGCCUUGGAUGCUGAUCACUACGAGAAUGUCAAGUACUAUAGGCUCCUGUCGGAGGCAGUGCUAGGGAUGAAAGACUAUGACGAGGCGAGGGAGAUUUGUGAGGCAGGACUGGAGCUAGAUCCGACCGAUGAUACACUACUUCGUAGAAAACGCACUGCGGAAGCAAUGAUUGCAAUGGAAAAAUUAGACCAUGAAAAGGAAAAGAAGAGGCUUGAGUUAGAGGAACGAGCAAAGGUCGAGGCAGCAAAUGCUGCUUUGGUGAACGAUGUUCCGGUACCAUCGAAGGCCAGUAAACACAGGAUCAACAAGACAAAGAAGACAAAAAACAAGCGCAAGAAGAAGAAUGCAGCACCCAAAAUGGAAUUAGUGCCGAUGAUCAAAUACCAGGAAGUGCCUGCGAAAUGGAUUGAGACGCAUUUCCGUGGAUCGCGGCGCCUGAGGUUAUACCAGCAAGGCAUGGAAAGUCUGGCGAUGGCUGCAAAUGCACUUCUUCAGGUUACUGACAGCAUUGGGACACCAGGUAGAUCAAAGUUACCGCUUGGCCAGCUGGUCGAAGAGGGCAUGACAAACCUUCGUAAAGCUGGCGAAGCUGGCAUUGCUGAGGCUUGGUUUCGUCUUGGUGUACUUUACAGCAGCAACGUUCGAAAAGGCAUGCCCUUGACAGCUAAUCCUUUCAAGAUGGUAGAAUGCUUCCAGAAAGCAGCUGAGUUGCGACCAUUUAUUAAGCCGCCUGGAAUUCGUGUGUUCCCACACCAAGGUGUCGCGGAAGCUGAAAAUGAGCUAGGAGUUUGCUAUCGGGACGGGAAACCAGCUUCUGUUGUUGACGUUGAUCUAGAAAAGGCGUUCCACUACUUCUUGCGUUCGGCAGAACAUGACUUUCCUGUAGGCCAGUACCACGUCGCGGUUGCCUACUCAACGGGGAGUGGAACGCCUGUUGAUGCAUUUGCAGCACGAAUGUGGACAUCACGUGCGGCGCAGCACGGAUUGCCUGAAGCGCAGCAAUACCUUGCUCAACUGUUCGGAAGUGGCUUUGGUGGAAAACGCGACGAAAGUCAGGCUCGAGAAUGGUCUCUUGCAGCCUGCCAAAACCGACUCACAGACUUAGUGUUGAGACAUGAUUUUGGUGAGGUCACCGCGGUUGGCAGCGGUGAAACUGCAGACAAGUUUUGUACUCCCACGGUAGCACAACGCAAGAAGGCUGUUUUCCAGGAAUUUUACGACGCGUAUCUGGGUGAAGGUUGCAAUGGUGACGGUGCUAAAUUCGGUGGUAAUAUUAAUAGCGACGGCGAAGAGAUACCGAUGACAAAGGUGAGGUCAAAUACACCGAAGGCCGCAUCUUUCUACAAUCUCAUAGGCUUAGUUGGCAUCUACCGACCACCUUCUGCUGUUAUUGACGACGAGAUCCAAACUCGCGCUCGGACUGGAGGCAUCACGGCUUGCAAGUACCUGGUGUCAGAAAAGCUUCUUGGAACUGCGGCUAAGUUGUUUGUUUCUGGGGACCUGAAAGGUGCUCUACGAGAUAUGAAGAAGGCCAAUUUAAUAUGGGAACGGCCAAAAGGUGUUUUCACGACGGCUAGCUCUACAGGCCUGCUGCCGAAGAUUCUUGAAGAAGCUGCCGUAAGUCUUCAGAUCAACCCGAGGGAUGUUGAUGCGGCAUACGUGAUCGGCCAAUGGGAGAUUAUGAGCGACCAAGACAUUAUCCCUUAUUGGAAACGGUGUGUAAAAAUGCAUCCGAAAGAAGCUUCCUUUCACUUUCAUCUGGGCGCUGCGUAUUUGACACUCCAACGCUACAAUGACGCCAUGAUUGCAAUGGAAGCCGCCUUGGCAAUCGAAAAGAAACCGGAUUGGCUUUUCUGGCUGGCUGCACCGAUGGUUGGAUUAGGUAUGAUGGAUUCGGCAAUGUCUGUUUACGAAGAAUACGUAAGCACUAAUUCUCCGGAUGAGCGGUACAUACCAGACGCGUACUAUUGUAUCGGUGCAUUGUAUUUCAAGCAGUACAACAAUGCUAUGGCUACUGUCUACCAUGAACUCGGACAGAUCGCGGAGUGUGUUGCCAUUCGUUUUCCUGCCUUUCAUACUUCGGUUCUUCACGACGCCCCAAAGGAAGCACUUCGUUCUGGUAUGAAAAAGAGCGGGUUAAUGGAGCCUUCGGUGGUUGCAAAUAUUAUGGCUCAAAACAUGGUUGAUUGUGGGUUCUGUAAGUCACCGAUAAAAGCUACUCAACUGCUCGGCCACAAGUUAUCCAAGUGCCCACGACGGACUAUAAUGUGCCAAGAUUGCAACGAACAUAUGGUUUUUGAUUCUCUUCAGGCUCACAGACAUUUACGGCAUGCUCCUGAUGAUGACGGCAAAAGAAAGAAGGGGAACGAUAAAAAGCACUUAGAGUCUACCGUCACGAAUUCGUUUCCACAGCAAGUUGAGUCUACAAAAGCCACAUGGUAG